AUGAGGCGCGGCGUUCGGCGGGAUCCUUCCCGGAAACGGAAGUUCAGGGGGCGGGCCAAGGGGGACCGAGAGCCCAAGGCGGUUAAUUCUUAUUACCGUGUGCCUUGGAUUCCGUCGGUGUGGGCUUCUCUGUUGCUGCGAGAGAUGGUCAGGUCCGGAACUCGGCCGGGCCAGGUAUUGUCUUCAGGAAGACACAAUGGACCUACUAAAUUGUCAAAUGCAAAGAAAGGGAUCCCUGUCAGAAAAGUAUCACAUUCUAAUACCGAUUCUGGUUCUUCCAUCCCCUCUGAUUUGGAAAAUAAGGUUGAAACCAAGCAGGGGCUAGAUGGUUGUGCUUCUUUACUGCGGGACAUUUUGAGAAAUGAAGAUUCAGUAUCUUUAGAUAAUAAGAAACACAUACUUACUGAAGCUUCUGCUAGAAGUGAAAGAGACUCAUCAGACACAGCACAGGAUCAGUCCUUAGAAGAUCAUUACCGCUUGUAUUCGCCCAUAAUAUACCAAGCCCUCUGUGAGCACGUGCAGACGCAAAUGUCACUGCUGGAUAACUUGGCUUCAAAGAACAAUCCCAAUGGAGUUCCUGACACACCUUGCCAUACUGUUUCUGGUACGGUUACAUCUUGGGCAACUCCACGUUCUGGCUAUGGCUUACCUACCCCGUCACCAGUCUUGUCACCUCAGCGACUACCCUGUUCUGCCGUAGUUCAUUCUGAUGUUCAGAAAGAUAGUGACAGCCGAUUUACAUCAGAAGGUAAAACAUUUUCUGUGAACUCUACGAAUGUCCCCAGGAAUUCCUUUAAUACCAAUGCCCAGGUUCCAUGCAGCCUGCCCAAAACUGAUAAAUCAGCUAUCCCGGCAUUGGACCUUGCUAAUGGAAAUCUGCCAUCACAAGCAGUUUCUAAGGAAGCAGACCUAAUAAAACGUUUUCAGACAUGUAUGUCUCUGUUACAUUCCCAUGGAAAAGAAGCUCUUUCAGACAGUCAGACACACCAUAGUCCCAGUGCAUCACAGCCAGCUUUCUUGGGCUCUAAUGGAUACCAUGGAGAAACCACAAGUGACGGAAGGGAUUUAAAUGUGCGUGUGCAAGAGGCAAGAAACACCAAGGACGCUCAGAAGACAAAAAAUGUGAACUUGACUACUGAAAAAGUGAGAACUAUAAAAUACUUGUUGGCAGAACUCAAGGCCCUGGUAGCAGACCAAGGAGAUUCGGAAAUUGAAAGAUUGGUUAAAGAACUGGAGACAAGCAUAGCUUUGCUGCCAGCAAUAAGUAGAUAUACAAAUAUUCAAGUUGAAAUAGCACUGGCCAUGCAGCCACUAAGGAGUGAAAAUGCUCAGUUACGCAGGCAAGUGAGGAUUUUGAACCAGCAACUUCGAGAACAAGAGAAAACUCAAAAGACAGCUGGUUCUCUGGAAUACAACCUCCUUAAAUUGUUUUCUCUUCAGUCAUUGAACACGUCACUGCAGAAUCAAUUGCAGGAGUCACUGAAGAGUCAGGAGUUACUACAGAGCAAAAAUGAAGAGCUCUUAAAAGUGAUUGAAAACCAGAAAGAUGAAAACAAAAAACUUGCUGGUUUAUUCAAAGACAAAGAUCAAACUAUACUUGAAAAUAAACAGCAGUUUGACAUUGAGGCAACACGGAUGAAAAUUGAAUUAGAAGAAGCCUUAGUCAAUGCAAAAAGCUCUCAGUUUAAAUUAGAAACUGCUGAAAAGGAAAAUCAGAUAUUGGGAAUAACAUUACGGCAGCGUGAUGCUGAGGUGGCUCGACUCAGAGAAUUAACCAGAACUUUACAGAACAGCAUGGUAAAGCUUCUCGCAGACCUUAGUGCGGACAGCGCUCACUGCAAGCCUGCAAAUAACCUUACCAAAUCACUUCUGAAUGUUUAUGAAAAGCAACUGAAACAUGACCCGAUCUCUACUCACACUUCCAUAAUGAGCUACCUGAGUAAGUUAGAAACAAAUCUCAUUUCCCCACUCUCAGAGCCCCUUUCCCCAGUUAAAAAUGAUGAAAGUGUGGUGCCAGAUAGACUCUGUGAAAAAGUUCUUCCCUCCAGAGCCCCUCCGCCCGGUAACCCAGAGAGCAUGAAGGAAGUUUCAGCCCCUGGAAUCCUCUCUGCCACUUUAAGACAGGAUUCUGAUGAGGAGAGUGAAACUAAGACUUUAAUAGAAGACGGGUGUAAUUUGGAUGAAACAAUUUACAUUCCUUUUGUUAGCAGUACUCCUAAAAAGAUAGAACCACGGUCUAAGGGAUUGUCCCCUGAGCCACAGGUAAGUGUAGCUGCAUCCCUAAUCAGCAACACUGAGCUUGUUUCUGAAAAGGAAAAUAAACUGUGUGCACCCGUAGUUGUUUCUUCUUCAAAGAAGGAAGUAGAAAAUGAGCCUGAAAAACUUUCCAGAAGAGCUGAGGUGGAAGACAAACAGCUCAUCAAGAAAAUUAAGGAAGCAAUCGAUAAGAUCCCUACCCCCACUCAGGAGUCAGAGGACCAGCUGGUGUGUCAGGGCGCCUCGGCUUGUCAGAGCAACAACCUUCAAACGAAAGGCAGCAAUCUCUCUGAUGGUAGUUUCUUAAAUUCUGACUUGAUGUCUGACUGGAGUACCUCUUCUUUUUCAACAUUUACUUCUCGUGAGGAACAAGAGUUCAGAAAUGGCCUUGCAGCAUUGGAUGCCAACAUAGCUAGACUCCAGAAAUCCUUAAGGACUGAUCUACUAGAGAAAUGA